ACAUAUGGCACAUAUCUUUUCAUUACGCACACGGCACAUAACAUUCCAAUUCCAAUUCCACACAUAGGUGUGUUCCAAGGACCACAAACGUGACCUUUACGAAGAAAUUAUACAACAAGUGUACAUGGUCCAAUCUAAGCUUAAAUAAAAUAUUUGUGACGUAAACCGGUAUCCACGCAAAAAAUUAAUUUUUGGAAUCUUGUAAGACUUAAAUGUAAGUUUAAUUUAUUUUAUUGCAACCGAAUUACCAUGCUAGCCAGUCUUUAUAUAUCAAGACAAUUCGAAAACAGUACAUACAACAUAACAUGAUGCGAAUGGCCUCUUUAUCAAUCUUCUUCACCAUUUUCAACACUCAUCAUCAUUUUCCUUCUCCGUAGAAAAUUUUGAACAAGAUAUUAUAGUCUCACCCAAAGGUACAUUCACCGCAGGUUUCUACCCGGUUGGCGAAAAUGCUUAUUCUUUUGCAAUAUGGUUCACUCAAAAAUACAAAAAUCUCACCAACGCUGCCACCAUUGUUUGGAUGGCAAAUCGUGACCAACCGGUAAAUGGAAAACGCUCGAAACUUUCCCUUCUUAAAACAGGCAACGUCAUCUUAACCGACGCAGACUAUUUCAUCGUUUGGUCAACAAACACUAACUCAUCAAAACCACUUGACUUGUUUUUGUAUGACACAGGAAAUCUGGUUCUCAGAGAGCACACCACAAAUGGUUUCAUUUUGUGGCAAAGUUUUGAUUACCCAACAGAUACCCUCCUUCCUGAACAAAGUUUCACAAGGUACAUGAACCUUGUUUCCUCCAAAAGUGACAAUAAAUAUUCCUCUGGCUACUACAAACUCAUUUUUGACAACGACAAUGUUCUUCGCCUUCUAUAUGAUGGCCCUCAAGUUUCCAGUAUUUACUGGCCAUAUCCUUGGCUUGUGAGUUGGGAUGCAGGUAGAUCCACAUACAAUAGUAGUAGGGAAGCAAAAUUAGACAUUUGGGGGAACUUUAGCUCUUCCGAUGAUUUCACUUUAACGACAAGUGAUUAUGGAACAAUUCUCCAACGAAGAUUGACCCUUGAUUCCGAUGGUAAUGUUCGUGCUUAUAGCCGAAAACAUGGACAUGAGAAGUGGUUGAUUUCAGGGCAAUUCCACCAACAACUUAUCAAAAUACAUGGAAUUUGUGGACCAAAUAGCAUUUGCAUUACCAAUCCAAGAACCGGUAGAAAGUGUUUGUGUAUUCCUGGUUAUAGAAGGAUUGAUAUUCAAGAUUGGUCACAAGGGUGCAAACCCAACUUCCAACUUUCAUGCAACAACAAAACCAAGUUAGAGACUCGAUUCCAACGAUUACACCAUGUUCAUUUUUAUGGAUACGAUUAUGACUACCGAGCAAAUUAUACUUAUAAACAAUGUAAGCAUUAUUGCAUGCGGAUGUGCCAAUGCAUAGCCUUCGAAUAUCGUUUCGUGAAAGACCAAGAGAUGCCUUACUGCUAUCCUAAGUCACAAUUACAAAAUGGGUUCAGUUCACCAAAUUUUGAAGGAUCAAUCUUCUUGCGAUUGCCAAAAGGAAAACAAGUUUUUUUCAAUGAGAAUGAUAUAAAAAAUGGUAGCUUGGUUUGUUCUAGAAAUAAUGGAGUAAAACAACUAAGAAGACCAUACAUCGAAGGCAAAGAAAAUGGACCAAUGAAGUUCAUGUUUUGGUUUACGAUUGGUUUGGGGUUAAUUGAGGCAUUGUGCUUCUUUAUGAUAUGGUGCUUCUUAUUUAAGAACAGGAAACCCUCUGUUAGAGACAAUCAAGGCUAUGUUUUUGCAGGAACCAUAGGAUUUCGAAAAUUCACUUACUCUGAACUAAAACAAGCAACAAAAUGUUUUAGUCAAGAGAUUGGAAAGGGUGCUGGAGGAACUGUGUAUAAAGGUUUAUUAUCUAAUAAUCGUGUUGUGGCUAUAAAGCGGCUACACGAAGCAAACAAAGGAGAGAGAGAAUUCCUUGCUGAAAUUAGCAUCAUUGGAAGGCUAAAUCACAUGAAUUUGAUUGGUAUGUGGGGUUAUUGUGCAGAGGGAAAACACAGAUUGCUGGUUUUUGAGUACAUGGAAAAGGGUUCUUUAGCUGAUACUUUGUCAUCAAAUGCACUUGAUUGGGCUAAGAGGUAUCAAAUUGCUGUUGGAACUGCAAAAUGUCUUGCAUAUAUACACGAAGAAUGUUUGGAGUGGAUUUUGCAUUGUGAUAUAAAGCCCCAAAACAUACUAAUUGACUCUGAUUACCAACCCAAGGUAGCCGAUUUUGGGUUGUCUAAGCUACUACAAAGGAACAAUCGUGAUAAUUCAGGUUUUUCGAGGAUGAGAGGAACAAGAGGUUACAUGGCACCUGAAUGGAUUUUCAACUUGCCAAUUACUUCCAAGGUGGAUGUUUAUAGUUAUGGAGUUGUGGUGCUAGAGAUGAUUACCGGAAAGAGUGCAAUGAUUAGUAUCCAAAUCACAGAUGGAGAAGAGUCUCACAACGAGAGUUUAGUAACAUGGGUGAGAGAGAAAAGAAGGAAAGUAUCAGACAUGAGAUCUUUUGUGGAACAUAUAUUAGACCCUACAUUGGGAUCAAAUUAUGACAUGGUUAAAUUGGAGACUUUAGCAGCGGUUGCUUUGGACUGUGUUGAGGAAGAGAAAGACAUGAGACCCAACAUGAGUCAAGUUGUUGAGAGGCUCCAAAUUCAUGAACACGAUUCUUGAUGAUAUCCAGUUAUCCACAAAGAAAAGUCAUCUCUUAUUGCUACAAUUAGUUUUUGUGUUUAUCUUCAUAAUUCAAAUUACUAAAUAAAUAUGUGCUUUGGCA